AUGAGAAAACCAACAAGUUGUUCCAUAAAAUGGUGUGAUAAUAUUAAUAAUAAGAAGAAAGGGGCUUGGAGUCCAGAAGAAGAUCAAAAACUUAUUGAUUUUCUAAGUAACAACAAUGGUCAUCAUGUUAAAUGGAAAUCCCUUCCUAUGCAUGCAGGGAUAAAUCGAUGUGGAAAAAGUUGUCGUCUUCGAUGGCAAAACUAUCUAAGGCCGGACAUAAAACGAGGUCCUUUCAGUAAGCACGAAUCAAACAUCGUAAUUCAACUUCAAGGUCUUCUUGGUAAUAGGUGGGCCGCAAUAGCAGAAAGGCUACCAGGAAGAACCGACAAUGACGUAAAGAAUCACUAUAAUAGUUACUUGAAAAAACACAAAACCGCAAACCAAAUCGAACUAAAAACUAUAACACCCGAGUCGCGCACAUCCCGACAUAUGGUUCAAUGGGAAAGUAUCCGAUUAGAGACUGAGGCUCGACUAUCAUUUUCCUUCCAAACCCCUUCAGAAUUCUAUACAACCAACUCCGAUAAGUUUCUAUACUUGUGGAACACUGAGGUAGGUGAAUCCUUCAGAAAUGGGCGGGCCUCGAAAACUAAUUGGGCCUCAAAUUCUCCAGAAGCCUGCUCGGGGGUAACAGGCCAAGUUGGGCCCAUAAUUAGAAAUGAGCAGCAGAAAAGUACAUACUGUGGGCCUGCUGAUUCUGGGGAUUGUUCAGAUAAAGCAAUGAAUAUGUUGCUGGAUUCGCCAACAAUUGAUUAG